AUGAAUCAACUUGUGUACAAUAAUAUCAUUUCAGUGAUGGAGGCGCAAGACAUCAGCAGCCAGCCCAAGAAGUACACCUGUAGUCACGAAAAAUGCGGAUAUCAAACCAACAAACUGUUCAACUUCCAAAGGCAUCGCAAGAUCCACGAAAAGAAAGCUCAACUCAGGGAAAUGGCCGCGCAGGCCGCAGCACAAGGUCACCUACGAGAUGGCAGUCCGGCCGCCAAGAUUCAAAGGCUUGAGGUAAGGCUUAACACAUUUUUGAUAAGGAAAUGAUCUGAUCUUUAUUUUCUUAAUUAUAUUAACCAAGCUCUUUCAGUCGCUCCAAAUAGAAUGCUCCCAAGCCGGCUGUCCGUUCACGUGCGAGCACAUCGAGGACUUCAUCGACCAUGUGCAAUCAACUCACGAAAAGGAUCUCAAGUUCAUUGCUCGAGAAUUCGCUGACAAACCGUCGUUGGAAGCCUUCAUGAAGUCGCUUCAAGACCGGACAGCAUGCCAAUUGAUGUUGUCAAGGACCUUCGACAACGAAGUCAGCGAAUCCUUCGAACUGUGCUGUGCACAUUCAGGACAGUAUCGGCGUUCCGUGAAUGGUGGAGUAGAGCGAACGACCAACCGUUCCGGUAUCUACUGUACCUUCUACUUGAAUGUUACCGUAAUCGACGGUACUAUCAAGGUCCGGGGUUGUGAAUCCCACUUCGGACACAGAAUCGACUACAACGACUUGAACACCUUGUACAACAACAAUAACAACAUCCCGAACUCAUCGACACAACUGACUCCAAACACUACAUCUACUCCAACACCACCCACGCCCACAAUGCCUACGGCAUUGCAAAUGAAGCCGUCGACGCCAAUGUCGCUGCAACUAAGUGGAUCUGUGAAGACUGAUGACUCUACGACAUCAAGCAUCUCUCCUGACAGUUCGAGGAGCAGCAGAAGUCACAACAUCAGUCCGUUGAGAGAUGAUAUGGUCAAGGUUGAGACCAAAGAAGAGCUGCUACAGGAUCCUGUAGUGAAGCGAGACUUCAACAGCGAGCUUCGAAGGGUUGCCUUAGUAAGUAUAAUAUUAACCGUACUUCUAGGUAUUAGUAGACAUUAAGUAGAGUUUAACUUAAGUAGAUUUACCAUCAUAUUUCGAGAAAGGAGACCUUAAGAUAUAGUGAUAUCAUCUGAAACCUUUUGACGUCCUUCAGACGUAACAAAACUUUUUGAUACAAAAAACUACCGUAAUCACAACCAGAAAAGCCUUAUUGAAGCAGCAGAUUAGUAAACGAUUAACCGCGUGCAAGAUACAAACUAAACAAAAACGCAUGCUUAACAUUGAACAUGGGUGUAGGUGUAGCAGGCCAAAGACUAGGGCUAGUCUACUAUAUUAUAUUACGUUCGUAUCUUUCGACUAAUUUCAAGAAAUUUAAAGCCUUAUCUCUUUCCAUUUAUCUCUUCACAAAUCUCUCACAAAUAAACCAUGAACUCUUUGCAGGAUCUCCAAACAGAAGCCGAGCUCUUCAUGGAAUCUGAAGGCCAAUUGGCGGAACAGGAGUUCAGCCAGAUCGAAAAGGCCUCAACUGCCAUUAUCGAGAUACUCCGCCGUGCCCGAUCCCGUCCUCAACCGACUGUUGCUCUCAACAACAACACCCAAGUCAACUCAUUCCCAUCCUCGACGCCUCAGAUCAACGCUGCGAUCCUGCAGAACCACCAGCAGAUCCAGCAACUUCAACAAGUUCUCCGCGACUCCCAGAUGGCUUCGCAGAACAGCCGUCCCAGCCUAACCAGCGCCGUGCCGAUGCUGAACCAGCAACCUCUUCUCAGCUCCAUACCUCAGCUCAACCUUCUGUUGUCGGCAGCCGCCGCCCAGCGCCCGGUCUAUGGCCAACCGAUGCUGAACCAGAACAACAUUGCCAGCAAUGUGCUGACGUCGCUAGCCACAAGCAUCCAGCAACAGAACCAGACCGGACUACUGGCUGUUAGUCAAGGACAACAAACAGCUGUUGUCCCACCUCAACCUCAGCUGACUGGGAAUGGACUAGGCCUACUACAAGGUCAGAAUCAGCGUUUCGAAGAGUUGGUUAGGAAGGCUAUCAUUGAGUUGGACAGCCAAAGACGUAACACUUGUGGUCAAUGUCAUAGAAAGGACCCUUUGGUACAGAAUGGUGCUGAAAGGACCAUCUGGCUCGAGUGUCAACGGUGCAACCUCAAGUUCCAUGGUCAAUGCUUGAGUAACACGCAGUGCGUUAAAUGCAAGGACAACAUGGUUUAA